AUAGAUAUAGAUAUAGAUUAUUGUUGUUGUUUUUUCGGAAUUCAGCAACAUUUAUCCUAAAAAGUGCAAGAUGAUGACAAUUUUAUUACCUGUCUCCCUUGCUGCUUGAGGCGGGGUAGUAAAGCAAUAAUAUAUUAUUAAUUAAUUAAUUUACCAUACUUGUACCCCGUCCUUCUCACUCCGAAGGAGACCCAGAGUGGCCUUGCGUAGGCAACAAUUCGAUGCCACCCAUAUACAUAUUGAUAAAUAAACAACAGAUUAAAAUCCAAAACAAGUAAAAUCAUCAUCAUGAAAACAUCAGUUAAAAUCACACAAUCCAAGUCAUACUCUAGGGGUGUUCCAUUUGUUAUUGUAUUAUUUCGUAAUCUCUUAUUGCACUGCUCAAAGGCUUGGUCCCGAAGCCACGUUUUUCGUUUUUUCCGGAAGGUCAGGAGGGAGGGGGCUGAUCUUGCUGGGGAGGGAGUUUCAUAGACAAGGGGUCAGCACUUAGAAGGCCCUGUCUCUCGUCUCCACCAACCUCACCUGAGAAGGAGGUGGGACCAAGAGCAAGGCCUCCCCUGACGAUCUUAGCCUCUGAGGUGAAUCAUAGGGGGAGAUACGUUCGGACAGGUAAGAUGGAUCAGAAUUCUUUAGGGCUUUAUAGGCUAAAGCCAGUAUUUUUAAUUGUGCUCGGUGGCAGACUGGCAGCUAGUGGAGCUGGCAUAACAGGGGGUUGUAUGCUCCCUGUACGCUGCUCUGGUGAGCAACCUGGCUGCUGCCCAUUGGAACAUUUGAAGUUUCCAAACAGUCUUCAAAGGCAACUUCACAUAGAGUGUGCUGCAGUAGUUUAUCCGAGAUAUAACAAGAGCAUGGAUUAACAUGGCCAAGUCUGACUCUGACUUUACUUUAAUAUAUGCAAUAUUUCUAUUCAUUUCUUUGUAAUAAUCUUUUUGAAAACACUGCUUAGGACCUGCUACAGCGGUACUCUAAACGGUCAGCCUCUCUCUUUCACACGAUGUGGGAAGCAAAGGCCAUUGUUGUCUUGGGCUGCAUGUCAGACAUCGAUCUGAUCUUUGAAGGAGUGCUUGCCAUCAUGCAUGGUGCCGUGAUUCCUUGGAGCCCCAGGAUGAAGCUGCUGGUGGAGAAAUACCUUCACAUGGAUCAUGCCAAAGUGAAACUGGUGCAGGAAGGCUACCAGCUGAUGGAAAUGAAGACACUUUUGCGGAGCUAUGGCAUCCGAGACACCAAUCUCUUAAAUGACAAGCAGAUGAUAUGGAUGUUAGUAAGGUACAUUCUGAAGCAAGAUAGUCCGUCUUGUUUGGAGGAUGCUUUGAAAAUCACAAAUACUUACAUGCUGACUACCUCAAAAGUCUAUCUUUGGAGGAUUAUUAACCUCAUCGACAAAGAAAAGAGAGAUGAUGUUAUCAACUUAUUAAGGUCUCUUCCUGCUGCCGAAGCUAUGGAGAUUGCAGAUAGGACAGUGACGUGGGGAAGACUGGAACUGGAGGCAGAAAUGUUUGACAGUGAAGAAGAGCGGAAUAGGCAGCUAUAUUUAAAAAAUAUCCUGGUGGAGGUCCUCAAGUUCCUGCUUAGUCACCAGAAAGGAAAUCUUGGGAAGACAGAAGAGUAUGAAGCUGACUUAAAAUGCUUUAAAAUGCUUAAAGCCUUGCAGGGUAAUUUUGACAUCUACGUAUCUCCCAAAGAUUAUGAGAAUCUGCCACUGAUGACUCGCCUCCUCCAAGAGAAGAUAGAGACCUAUAAUGCCAAGAGGUUUAAAAAAACAGAAGAAAAGACCAGCUUGGAGAACAGUGGGGUGAAGAGGCAAGAGCUGGCUCGAUGUGGGCUUUACAGACUGGCGGGUCUUCUGCAAAGGACGGAGCAUGAGAUGGGAACAGAGCUGGCCCUGAGAGUGCUGGAUGCAGGAAACGUCGAAGAAGCACUCAACAUUUGCAGGGAUCUUAAUGAACAUCACCACAACGAACAAACAGGGAAGUUGUUGUUCUUGGCAUGCCGAAAGCUCUGUCACAUAUUGGCUUCUGGUGGUCCACUCGUUGUGCCCAAAGGAUUGAAUCUUUCUGCAGCAAUCCAUGAAAUGGCCAUUCAGGCGGUGAUGGUCUGCAGUCCCGGUAACUCAUUCUAAUUAUUAACUGAUCAUUUAUAAUAGUCUGAUUGGGGAAAUGGCCUCUAAAAGAGCAGGUUGGAGAAAACUUCUCAGAGAAUGAGAGACCGAGGCUCUGUGCUUGAAAUGAGUGAAGGUUUUGGGAUGCAGAAUUGAAAAAGGGAUAAAAUCAACA